CUCAGCUGGGGAGAGCUGCUUUAACGCCUCUGGAGAAUUUUCUGCUUUUCAUUGGCUUUGACGCAAAACGACACUUGCAGACUGUGGAGGGUGGAGCAAACAAAGGUGUGUCUCUCUCCCCUUCAGGUAAAACACACACAUUCAUACGGACACACUCACACAUAGACCAUGGUUACGGACACUCCAGUAACACAGAGGAGGGUUAACUGUAAGAACAAGGUGAGAGUGACUUUAAAUGCGACAUCAUUAAGCCAGCAGAGAAACAUCCUGUCAUGUUCUCUGCUCUGUGACACACCUGUGAGGACGACAGCUCGCACCUGUGGCCGGAGAGUUUUAACAUGUUGGAGAGUGGCUCUACUAAGAGAGGACAAAGUGUCCCUCCAGAUCAGAGCACGGUGGAAGUCGGGGAUCCGGCAGAAAGCAGAAGAUGGUGCGAUCUUUCGCGACGUCACUUCUUCUUCAUCUUGGUGGUCGGAACAGUUUUGUUUGUCUACAGCACAAACAUGACGGAAAUGUCGUCAGACUGGAACCCUCAAUGGCUUAAAAACUACAAUGCAAAAAAAUUCAAAAUACCUCAACCCGCUGCUGUCAGGAUUACAAAUAAGGAUAUCUCACCAACAUCAGCGGUGACGAACAUUACGACUUCAGAAAACAAAUCUGAGCCCCAAACUCCGCCUCCUUACAAAUCUCCAGGACCGUACUUAGUGGAGUACCCCUACGAGUACCACUUCACCAUAAAUGAGCCAAACAAAUGUGAGCAGCAGAAACCCUUCCUGGUUCUGAUAGUUCCUGUGGCGCCCCACAACAGGGCGCACCGCGACAUCAUCCGCAGCACGUGGGGAAAUGAGGCCCUGGUCCUGGACAAAGUGGUGAACCUGUUCUUCCUGCUAGGGCAGCAAAACGGGGAGGGGGCAGAACAGCUUCAGGAGCAGCUGCUGCAGGAAAGCAAAGAGCACGGAGAUCUGAUCCAGAGCAACUUCAUAGACUGCUACAAGAACCUGACCAUCAAAACCAUGGUGAUGAUGGAGUGGCUGGACUCGCACUGCUUGGGCACCUCGUAUGCCAUGAAGAUUGAUUCAGACAUGUUUCUCAAUGUGCCCAAACUGGUCAGCAUGCUGUCAAACGUUCCAAAGACAAACUACCUGACAGGACUAGUGGCGAGAGGAGGUGCUGUCCUGAGAAAUAAAGCCUCGAAGUGGUACGUACCAGAGUAUAUUUACGCCCAAGCAUAUUACCCACUCUAUGCUUUGGGUCUAGGCUAUGUUUUUUCUGUGGACCUUGCCAAAAAGCUGGUGGAGGCUGCCAGACAUGUUAAACCUAUCUACAUUGAAGACGUGUAUUUAGGGCUGUGUAUGCAGUACUUAAACAUCCCCCCCACUAACCCUCCAAACUGGGGCUAUUUUCAUGUUUUUCCUGCGCAAUACAGCCGCUGCACAUACUCCAAGCUAAUAGCCACAACGACAAACCCAAGCCUGGAUCGUGUGUGGGCUUGGAAAGACUAUAAGAAACCUGGAAAAUACUGCUGAUCUGGAUUAUGUCAUAAAACGGCUGAUGAACGGUGUAAUAUGUUAUUACAAUGAAGACUGAAUUCCUCAUUCAUGCUUGACCAAAAGGAGGACCUAAAGGAGAUGUCCGCACAUCCAAUUUCUGAUGAAAUAAGUGCGUAAGAAAUGAAACUGUCACUUUGAAAAUAAAAAAAUCCUGCGAUAAUCAAGAACAGACUUGACAAAGAGGGACUGACAACGUUGGGAUCUUUUCUAAUAAAUUGGUGAUGCCUAGCAAGAUUAGGGUGUGGGAUCUUUACUUUCUUCUCCAAAAGACAUAAAAUGUUAAUUACUUGCCUGCAGCCUUCAUUUUGAAUGUCUAACUGGAUGUGGGAUAGCAUUUUGCUAACAUGAAAGCUUUCUUUUAACUGUCACACCUGAAUAACUGGAUUUGCCCCCUGCUGGCCAUAAUAGAGACUGCAGGUUUGAGGUGCUUCAGCAUUGAUUUCACUUUGGAGAGUAGAAGCUACGUCCACUUCCUAUGAACAGUCGAUGUUUUAUAACCAGCAAUGUCAGAAUCAUUUUUCUGACCUGCUGUUUUGAAAAUAGUGAAAGAGAUGGAGCCAGAAGGUUAAAAACAUGUACAAAUAUAUCUUUCUAUUUUUUAUGGACGGUUGGGGAUUUAACUUAUAUGAAGGAAAAAAAUGGUAACAUAAGGAGUGUUGGAUUUAUGAAGGUUGUUUGAUGUCUAAAGUAAAGAUGAAUUUUACUAGAGCUCCAAUAAAGUUAAUUCUGUGGCCUUCAAUGUGAUUUCACUGCUUUGUGGAUUUUUGGCAGCAGAGAAACGCUGCUCUCACUCAUGGAUCUGGAAGCGUGUUGAGACACAUUGCAGUUUCCAGAGAGGAUAUGUGUUUGUUAUUCCUCCUCAUGACAGGGUAGGGCGGAGACUAUAGCCAAUGAAAAGAAAUUCUCAUGAUGUUAUCUGAAAGAGAGUCCGCCUGUUAAGUCUUUAAACAGGAGCGGUAAAAAUGGAGAGACAGAGUUUGUUGAUCAUCUUUACAAGUUUGUAAAGGAGUUAUGUUACUUUCACUGAAACGUAAUUUCAUCACCCACACAUUUACAAAGGGGGAGAACAGUCUGACUGUGUGUGUAUGUGGAGAUCCCGCUGUGCCGUAACGCAAUGUGACUCCAUAAUACGCCGUCACAGAAUCAAUAUGAAUGUAGAAAGACGUGAUGGCGGCUGAGCCAGGCACCAUGGCCAAAAAGGCAGUUUCAAAAGGGUCACAGACUCGUUUCAGGCUUUUCACUGAAUAUUCGGGGGAAAAGUUUUCAACAUUUGAUACUUUAAUACUCUUUUGAACCACGUGUUUGAAAACGAAUCAACCUCAAUUGUUUUGAUGAUCAGUAAUAUUGAAACGAACCGAAGCAUUAAAAAAA